CAGACGGAGAGUGUGCGCAAGCCUGUGAUCCACUGAUAUCAUGUCUUCAAUAUGGGAGAGGAAGUGAUUUAGCACAAUCCUAGAAGAAAAUAGCCAUUCACUGUUGAAAAUCUGAACCCAUUCUGGUCUCAGGUUGGGACCGAUGGGGCCGGGCCGCCCUUACUUGCUCGGUCGGCUCUAGAACGAGGAUCUACUGUGUUGUAUUACGAGUUUUCAUCAGCAAAUCGUGGAAGAUGGCCGACGUACCGGCGGAGUGCACCAUCAAAGUGAUGUGCCGUUUCAGGCCCUUGAAUAGUUCAGAGGUGACCAGAGGGGACAAAUACAUCCCAAAGUUUCAAGGGGAAGACCAUGUGGUCGUCGGGAGCAAACCGUUCCAGUUUGACAGAGUGUUCCAGCCCAAUACGACACAGGAGCAAGUAUACAACGCCUGCGCCCAGAAGAUCGUCAAAGAUGUUCUGGAGGGGUACAACGGGACAAUAUUUGCAUACGGACAGACAUCUUCCGGAAAAACACACACGAUGGAGGGUAACCUCCAUGACACAGAUGGAAUGGGGAUCAUCCCCAGGAUAGUGCAGGACAUCUUUAACUACAUCUAUUCCAUGGACGAGAACCUGGAGUUCCACAUCAAGGUUUCGUAUUUUGAAAUUUACUUGGACAAGAUUCGGGACCUCUUGGAUGUGUCAAAGACGAACCUGUCGGUGCACGAAGACAAAAACAGAGUUCCCUAUGUCAAGGGAUGCACUGAGAGGUUUGUCUGCAGCCCAGAGGAAGUCAUGGACACCAUCGACGAAGGAAAAUCUAACAGACACGUAGCAGUUACAAAUAUGAAUGAGCACAGCUCCAGAAGUCACAGUAUCUUCCAGAUCAACGUGAAGCAGGAGAACACUGCUACCGAGCAGAAACUCAGCGGAAAGCUCUACCUCGUCGACCUGGCUGGAAGUGAAAAGGUCAGCAAGACGGGAGCAGAGGGUGCCGUGUUGGAUGAGGCCAAGAACAUCAACAAGUCUCUGUCGUCACUGGGCAAUGUCAUUUCAGCCCUGGCCGAAGGGUCUGGCUAUAUCCCAUACAGAGACAGUAAAAUGACCAGAAUCCUUCAGGAUUCUUUGGGGGGGAACUGUAGAACCACCAUUGUCAUCUGCGCCUCCCCCUCCGCCUACAACGAGUCGGAGACCAAGUCCACUCUCAUGUUUGGUCAGAGAGCGAAGACCAUUAAGAACACCGUGUGUGUGAACGUGGAGCUGACGGCAGAACAGUGGAAGAAGAAGUACGAGAGGGAGAAGGAGAAGGGAAAGGCCUUGAGGAACACCAUCACCUGGCUGGAGAAUGAGCUCAACCGCUGGAGGAACGGGGAGAGUGUGCCGGUGGACGAGCAGUUUGACAAGGAGAAGGCCCAGGCUGAGGUGCUGGCCCUGGACAAUGUGCCCAACGACAAGCCUGCCUCUACCCCCAACAUGCCCCAGCUCCGUCUGACUGACGCUGAGAAGGACACGUGUGAGGUGGAGCUGGCCAAGCUCUAUAAGCAGCUGGAUGAUAAGGAUGAUGAGAUCAACCAGCAGAGCCAGCUGGCGGAGAAGCUCAAGCAGCAGAUGUUGGACCAGGAGGAGCUACUGGCGUCGUCUCGGCGCGACCACGAUAACCUGCAGUCGGAGCUGAACCGCCUGCAGGCUGAGAACGAGGCUUCCAAGGAUGAGGUGAAGGAGGUUCUGCAGGCAUUGGAGGAGCUGGCUGUUAACUAUGACCAGAAGAGCCAGGAGGUCGAGGACAAGACCAAGGAGUUUGAGAUGGUCAGCGAUGAGCUCAACCAGAAAUCGAGCGUCCUGAAGUCCAUUGACUCUGAACUGCAGAAACUGAAGGACAUGAGCAACCACCAGAAGAAGAGGGUCUCUGAGAUGAUGUCCUCACUACUGAAAGACCUGGCAGAGGUUGGCAUCGCCGUGGGCAGCACCGAGAUCAAGCAACACGACGGCAGUGGUCUGAUAGAUGAGGACUUUACGGUGGCUCGUCUGUACAUCAGUAAGAUGAAGUCGGAGGUGAAGACCAUGGUGAAACGCAGCAAACAGCUGGAGAGCACCCAGUCAGAGAGCAACAAGAAGAUGGACGAGAACGACAAGGAGCUGGCCGCCUGUCAGCUAAGGAUCCAACAGCACGAGGCUAAGAUCAAGUCCCUGACAGAGUACCUUCAGAACGUGGAGCUGAAGAAGAGACAGCUGGAGGAGAACGUUGACUCUCUGAACGAAGAACUAGUCAAGAUCAGUGCCCAGGAGAAAGUAACCGCCAUGGAGAAGGAGAACGAGAUCCAAUCAGCCAAUGAAGUCAAGGAGGCUGUAGAGAAGCAGAUCGCUGGCCACCGUGAGACCCAUCAGAAACAGAUCAGCAGUCUGAGAGAUGAGCUGGACAAGAAGGCGCACCACAUCACUGAACUGCAGGAUCUCAACCAGGAGAUCAUGCUGGAACAGGAGCGUCUCAGGGUGGAACACGACAAACUCAAGUCUACCGACCAGGAGAAGAGCCGCAAACUUCACGAGCUAACGGUGAUGCAGGACAGGAGAGAGCAGGCCAGACAGGACCUGAAGGGACUGGAGGAGACUGUGGCCAAGGAGCUCCAGACCCUGCACAACCUGAGGAAGCUGUUUGUCCAGGACCUGGCUACCAGAGUGAAGAAGAGUGCUGAGAUGGACUCUGAUGACACAGGAGGCAGCGCAGCUCAGAAACAGAAGAUCUCCUUUCUGGAGAACAACCUGGAGCAGCUUACCAAGGUUCACAAACAGCUGGUGCGUGAUAAUGCAGACCUGCGCUGUGAGCUUCCUAAACUGGAGAAGCGUCUGCGUGCUACGGCUGAGCGGGUCAAGGCCCUGGAGUCGGCGCUGAAGGAGGCCAAAGAGAACGCCGCACGCGACCGCAAACGCUACCAGCAAGAGGUGGACCGCAUCAAAGAUGCCGUCAGGGCUAAGAACAUGGCCAGGAGGGGCCACUCUGCUCAGAUCGCCAAACCCAUUCGUCCUGGCCAGCCUCCAGUGGCGUCCCCCACCCACCCCAACGUGAACCGCGGCGGAGGGGGUUUCUACCAGAACAGCCAGGCCGUGGCCAUCAGGGGAGGAGGAGGCAUGAAGCCAGACAAGAAGUCAGAUGGCUAGAGUAGAGACCGGAUCUGAUACACAGCAUUUGAAGAUGGGAGGGGACAUGACCACAGAAGAUGCAGAUGGAUAUCACCCUGGCAACCUGUCAUUCCAUUACAGCCAUUGGCUUCCUGCAGGCUAUAUAUUAGAGAGAGGGAGGAGUUUUAAUAUAAAUAUAUAAAUAUUCCUGCCCUGUACAGAUCCACCUACCUUCAUGUUUCUUCUCUCCGGAACAAACAACAACAGCUAAAUUAAUUUAAUAUACAAAACAAAACACACAACAAGACGCCCACCAACUGCAGAGGGCAGUCUUUGCGCAAUGAACUACAUUUGACUUGAAUGUGUAGCUAUGUUUUUCGUGGCACAGUUUGUCGUCAUCUCUGAUGUCUUAAAGUUUGGUCUGCACUGUGCCAAUGUGAAUGUACGCUAACCGGGAUUUCAAAAGAGAUGAGAGAAAAGAAAAGGUGACUGAAACACAGUAAAUAUAAAUGUUGAUCCUUGAUACCGCAAACAUUCGUAGGCUAAUCUCUUGUACAUUAUUAUUAUUAUACUGGUUGUACCACACUUCUUUCUAUCAAUAGAUUUGACAAGCUUCUUGAAAGGUUUGAACCGCACUACUGUCCUGUUGUACAUAUGUAAUAUGGCACAUGCUUCCUUAAGAGGUGUUUGGCUUUGAAAUACCAAGAGGUGUGAUUCCAGUUCAGAUUGAUGUAAUUACAGAGUACCUGUGAUGGCCAUUGUUUUUACUGUAAGGAAGAUAAAGCGACACAUACUGGCCACAUUAAACGGAUGUGAGAAGGAAAGAGGAGCUUUCAUGCCUGCGUCCCAAAUGUCUGUACUUCUUCAACGGUUCGGAUGUUAUUUAUCUGUCUGGCCAUUGGCGCACAUAGAUCGCACACACACACGCUGGUCCUAGCCAGCUAGGUCCUCUCAUCCACUCACCAUUUUUGUCCUGACCUCUGAACAAACCAUUGGCGCACAUAGAUGGCACACACACGCUGGUCCUAGCCAGCUAGGUCCUCUCAUCCACUCACCAUUUUUGUCCUGACCUCCUCUGAACAAACCAUUGGCUGGUGGUUGUUUUUAACAUUUUAUUUGUAACGUAACUGUUUAUAGUACUUUGAUCAAUGGGCUCCUUUCUGUGCCCCCACCUCCCACCACCAGUAAUGUCAAGACGAGUGGAGUAAAUACAUUUAGGGGGGCCUCUGUUUAAAUUGAUAUUGGGAAUCGAUAUAAGGCAGGCUCUGACUUUUCCAAAAUCACCCUCUUUUCAUGAAGUCAGGUCAAGUGCACAUGUAAUAUUAUUGUGGAUUGGUGUAGUUGUCUCACUGUUCUCUAGCUUGACCAGCAUAUCUGAUCUGUAUUGGUUGGAAUGUUGGAUGGCAGUGUUUGAUUGGCUCGCCCUUGCCACUGAUCAGCCAGUUAGAUGAGCAGGGGGCCUUUGGCUAGGAAGGGGAUUGGUCGGGUUCAGUCUGCUGAUAAACUAGUCUGGGUCUGAAAUGGCACAGCCCUCUGGGCCCUGGUCAAGACUACAUAGUGAAUAUGGUGCCGUUUCAGACCUAUCCCAAAGCAGUGCAUCUUGGAAAGUGGUUUAUUAAUUAUCGAAGUUGUAAUCAGGAGCCAAGGAUUUUAUACAUUUUACACUUCUUGUCUUCUUGCGUUUGUUGUUUUCUUCCCGAAUCCCCUUCAAUUAUUUUCCCUAUGUGAGAGUAAAAUGUCUCUCCAACCCUUGUUUUUAUGUCAUUUUGUGUCAAUUCUGAAGCAUUUGCUGUUGCUGUGAUUGUAGGCCAGCAUGAAACAAAAACACUGACAUCUUGUGAGUACAAUAUUAUAUACCAAUGAUAUACUGUUAGGUGUGACCAGAGUCUUUUUAAUAGUCUGCAGCCACAGCAAGGUGUUGGGGUUUUAUGUUAUGAACUUUUGUUGUUUUGGAAGGAUUUGACAUAAACUUGACAGAUAAGAUAGCACUUAAUGUAAAGUUUAAACCUUAAACAGGGUUAGAAAACACUCCAACCUAUGGUAACUUAUGGGGCUGUAAAGCAUACUUUUCUGCUAUUAGAGGCUAGUUUGGGAGAGGUAGGUAGCCUAUACCUUUGACAGGACAAUGUCUGUCAAGUUUUCAUCUUUGUAACCUUUAGAACAGUGAACACUUUGCAACGUGGUCUUCAAAGUGCAUAGUACCCUAUCCUUACCUGCCAGGGUUCCACUGUACUCCAUCAAUUUAAUGGAUAUGAAAUGGAGAAGUACAGAAAAAGAACAACAACCAUUUGUCCAUGAUGUUUACCAAAUUCAUUUGUUUGCAUUUGAUUCUAAAGAAAAGCGUAGCCACUUUAUUACUGUGUAAUAGUUACUUAAAUGUCUAAUUGACAGAUAAGGAUUCCAUCAAUGGAAAAAGGUACUGGAUCAUUCCUAGGGUACAUCCCAAAUGACACCCUAUUCCUUAUGUAGUGCACUACUUUUGACUGCAUAGGGAAUAGGGUGCCAUUUGGGACGGAACCAUAGCGACCUGGGGAAGAGGUGGAGGGGAUGUUCAAAGUUGAAUGAUAUCACCAUUUUGGAUUGACUGCAUGAUGUAAAUGUAUGUGUGAUUAAAUAAUUCUGAGAAAAACCUA